UUUGUCUGCUUUAGUUUUCUUUCUCUUUCUCCAUGUGAAGGCAAAGAAUUUCAUUUGCAGCAUUUAUAAACCCCGCCUCUUGCUCUCUGCAGACCAGCCAUUGAAGAAGAAGAGAAAGCUUUUGAGAGAUUAAUGGCGAGCGUGAAGGUUUUCGGGUCGCCGGCAUCGACGGAGGUGCAGAGAGUUCUGGCAUGUCUGUUUGAGAAGCAGGUUGAGUUCCAGCUCGUGAAGAUGGAUAGCUUCAGAGGACAUAGGAGAAUGCCCGAGUGUCUUAAGAUGCAGCCUGGUGGCGAAGCUCUUACCUAUCAGGACCAGGAUAAGGAUGCCCUUGUUGAGUCAAGGGCAAUCUGCCGGCACGUGCUGGAGAAAUUCAAGAACCAGGGCAACCGAGAACUACUGGGGGAAGGCUCGCUGGAGAGAGCUCUGAUCGAGCAAUGGGUGGAGACAGAGGCCCAGAAAUUCGACCCGCCGAGCUCCGAGCUCGUCUUCUACCUCUCCAUCGCUCCAACCCUCCCCGAUUAUCUGAACCGCGUCGAAACCCCUCCGUUGGAGGAGAGCAAGAGGAAGCUCGAGAAGGUCCUCAAAGUCUACGACCAGAGGCUCGCCGAUAACACCUUCCUCGCCGGAAACAAGUUCACGCUCGCCGAUCUCUCUCACCUCCCCAAUGCCCAGCUGCUGAUGCAGAUCGACCAAACGCGGGAGACUUUUAGCAAGCAUGCCCACGUGAAGCGCUGGUGGGAUCAGAUAUCGCAGAGGGAAUCGUGGCAGAAAGUGCUCGAGAUUGCUAAGCAGGCACCGCCGCUGGCUUGAUUGCGAGCUCUCUGAUCCGGUAUGUUUUUUCUUCCUCUCUUCUCGCUUUCUCUGUGUGUGGAUUGUGUUUGGUUGUUUGUUUGUUUGUUUGUUUGUUUGGUUUAAUAAGGGUUUUGGGGGAUUAUCAUGAGUUGAUGUUCCCCUCGCCUUGGUCUGCAUUUGUGGUUUUGUUUUGAAGUUCUAAGCUGUGGAAUAAAGAGAGUGGGAGUGAGCUUUUGAUCUGUUGUUCUGCUAAAUAAAAUGUAAACGUGCAAUUAAUCCACUUGAUUCA